AUGAUGGAACAGAUCAGUGAGGGAAUACUGGAAAAAGUGCCAGAAAAAACUACGGGAGAUAUUGUUCAUUACAUUCCUCAUCAAGCUGUAAUCAAGGAAAAUGCUGAGUCAACAAAAAUGCGAGUUGUUUAUGAUUGUUCAGCAAGAAAAGUGGAAAGAAUUGACAUUAAGAAAGCAUUUCUACAAAUCCGAAUUCAAGAUAUGGAUAGAGACGCACAACGAAUAAUUUGGUAUGAAGACUUAAAGAAAAUGAAAUUAAUGGAGUUACGAUUUACAAGAACAGUAGUUGCUUUGGAAGAAGAUACUUAUGUCGAUGAUCUUCAAGCGGGUGGAGAAACGGAAGAAGAACUUAUCAGGUUUAAAUAUGAAUCAACACAAAUCUUGAACGAAGCUGGUUUUCAAUUGCACAAAUGGCAUAGCAACGUGAGAAAAUUGGAAAAUAAUGUUGAAGACAAAUCAACAAAAAUACUUGGACAUCCUUGGAGCAAGGAAACAGAUCAAUUGUCAAUUGAAUUCACUACUUGCAUCAAUAACGGAUAUAAAGAAAAUUUAACAAAAAGAAAAAUGCUAUCUGCAAUCAACAGUGUUUUUGACGUAUUGGGAUUUAGUGCGCCUGUGUUAAUCACUGGAAAAAUACUGUAUAGUCGACUAUGCUUAUCAAAAAUUGGAUGGGAUCAUCAACUACCAAAGGAACUUUUGGAAGAAUGGCAAACUUGGAUUAAGACGAUAAGCAACAAAAGAACUAUAUUGAUUCCUCGGUGUGUUGUGUCCAGAAGAAUUAUUGAACUAGAGCUCCACGGAUUCUCAGAUACAAGUAAAUUAGCGGUAUCUACAUGCAUCUAUGUUGUAACGAGCCAACAAAAUUCGAAAACGAGCAACUUACUUGUAGCAAAAGUACAGAUUGCACCAAAGGAUCUAAGUAUUCCAAGACUUGAGCUAGUAGCUGCACAUACCUUAAGCAAGUUGAUGAACCAUGUCAGGAAAACAUUAGUCAAUUAUAACAUUAGUAAAGUUUUUAAUUGGGUUGACAGCACUGCUGUACUUUAUUGGCUGAAGGAAAGAAGCAGUUGGUCACAGUUUGUAAGAAACCGAGUUCAGCAAAUCUUAUUAAAUGAAGAAGUAAAAUGGCUUUAUGUCCCAACAAAAGAAAACCCUAGCGAUCUUGGAACAAGAGGAGUGAGUCCGGAAAAGUUAUCAAGCUUGUGGUUCAAUGGUCCAAUAUGGUUGAGUUAUAAAGAAAAUUGGCCAAACCAAUCGGAAAUAUUUGACAACUCAUAUGGCACAUUAUGUGAAAGUAUUGCUCUAAAGGAAAACGUCUGGAUGGUAACAGAAGAAAUAAAGGAAAAUCUUACUUUUGAAGAAUUGUGGAAAAAAUAUAAUUAUUGGAAGAUUUUAAGGAUAUCGUUGUCAAUAAAAAGGUUCAUUUACAAUUGUCUCAAUAAAGAAAAAAUAGUCGGAUCAAUAAAAACGGAAGAGAUGAUAGAAGCCGAAACGGUCAAUAUUAAACAUCUACAAAGAUCUGUUGUGCUAAAAACCGAUGUGGAACUUAAAGAGGAUGUAAAAAACAAAGCACUUCUAAAUAUUGGACGAGUUGAAAUCGAAAUCAAAGGAAAAAAUGGAAAAAGGAAAAGAAUUACGCGUGGCUUAAAAAUACGAUUGGGGAACGGUUAUGUUAUUGAACGACCAAUUCAACUGGUGGGUGACCUGGAAAUCGAUUUUAAGACAGAGAGUAUGAUUGAAUCUAAAAAGAACGUGGAAAUUGGUAAAAAUAUGGAAACCCUAAAAAGAGUACCAAGAAGGGCGAACUUAGAUGCAAGACAAAAAAUCAGUUGCAUUAUGGAAGACGAGAUGGCUGAAUAA